AAACUUAACCCUCUGCAAGCUGCCAGGCUAAAGGGCUGGUGGGGCCUGGAGUAGCCGCCCUGAGGUUGCUUGGAGUCUGGGAAAGGCCAUCGGGAGCAGGCUUGGGCAGGAAGCCGAGCCCCGGGGAGCUGCGAGCUGCAGUUCAGCCAGUCACGUCCUGCACACGAGGGCGGGUAGCCUCAACCCGCCAGUAUUGGGGAAGCGUCCCAGUUCUAGGCGCUUCCAGUGGCUCCCUUGCACAAGUGACUUCUGGGCCCAGCUCUGGGGCAAAGAUGCCUGCCCUGCACAUUGAGGAUCUGCCGGAAAAGGAAAAACUGAAGAUGGAGGUUGAGCAACUUCGCAAAGAAGUGAAGUUGCAGAGACAACAGGUGUCUAAAUGUUCUGAGGAAAUAAAGAACUACAUUGAAGAACGUUCUGGAGAGGAUCCUCUGGUAAAGGGAAUCCCAGAAGACAAGAAUCCCUUCAAAGAAAAGGGCAGCUGUGUCAUUUCCUAAGGAACUCUGGAGGGAAACUGUUCUCAGUUGGGUCAAGUUGUUCUUUUGUUUAAUUUUUCCCCCAAAUGAAGCCAAAGUGUGUGUGAAGAAUUGAGGAAAAACUGAAAUUGAGAAAAAGACUGCCAUAUAAGCACUCUCCAAGCACUUUGUGCAUAGAACAUACCUGCUUCUCACCUUGGCUGCCCACCACCGUCUCGCAGAGGAGAGCAUCUGAGUGCAGUUAUGGGAUGAAAGGCUGGCUCUCCUUUCAGUACCUGCUUGCUGUCUCAAUAAAGUUUUACCUUGAAAAAAAA